CUCUACUUUCCGCCGGCAUCAGUGGCGUGUGUUACCGGAGCAGGUCGAAGAGUCUCCGCCGGGUUUUAAACCGUUCACCCCCGACACACCGAGCGGUUCUCCCGUCCUGCGACCCGGGGCCAGGCCGAGCCGAGCCGUGCGAUCCGCCCGCGGCCUCGUGCCCGUUGAUUGAGAGCAAUUAACUCGUUUUUCAGGAUCUCGUGUUAGCUCGGUAAUUGUUUAACUGUCAAAGUUGAAGUCAUCCAUUAGUUUUCCUAAACCCUCCUCUUCGUCACCGUGACCCGGCUCCGCUGCUCGGACCGAACCGCGACUCGUCUGCUGAGGGGAACCCGACUGACUGCGCCGACAUGGGGUAUGGACGGUCGGACAGCUACCGCGUGGCCACCACGCAGGACAAGGAUGAGAAGGAGUCUCCCAAGAAGAAGGGAGGCAAGGACCUGGAUGAACUCAAGAAGGAAGUUCCCAUCACGGAACACAAAAUGUCUGUUGAGGAGGUUUGCAGGAAAUACAACACUGACAUCGUGCAGGGUUUGACCAAUGCCAAGGCAGCAGAGUACCUGGCCAAGGACGGCCUCAACGCCCUGACUCCACCCCCCACCACCCCAGAGUGGGUCAAGUUCUGUCGCCAGCUGUUCGGCGGCUUCUCCAUCCUGCUGUGGAUCGGUGCCAUCCUCUGCUUCCUGGCCUACGCCAUCCAGGCGGCCACGGAGGAUGAGCCCGCUGGGGAUAACCUGUAUUUGGGUAUCGUGCUGUCGGCUGUCGUCAUCAUCACCGGCUGCUUCUCCUACUUCCAGGAAGCUAAGAGCUCUAAGAUCAUGGAGUCCUUUAAGAACAUGGUCCCUCAGCAAGCCUUGGUUAUCCGUGAGGGAGAGAAGAUGCAGAUCAACGCCGAGCAGGUGGUGGCAGGAGACCUGGUGGAGGUGAAGGGAGGAGACAGGAUCCCCGCUGACCUGCGCGUCAUCUCCGCCCACGGCUGCAAGGUGGACAACUCGUCCCUGACUGGUGAAUCAGAGCCCCAGACCAGGUCACCUGACUGUACCCAUGACAACCCCCUGGAAACUCGCAACAUCGCCUUCUUCUCCACCAACUGUGUCGAGGGAACAGCUCGUGGUAUUGUUGUGUGCACUGGGGAUCGUACAGUGAUGGGCCGCAUCGCCACCCUCACCUCGGGCCUGGAGACUGGCAAGACACCCAUUGCCAAGGAGAUCGAGCACUUCAUCCAAAUCAUCACGGGCGUGGCCGUCUUCCUGGGCGUCAGUUUCUUCGUCCUGUCCAUCGUCCUGGGCUACUCCUGGCUGGAAGCCGUCAUCUUCCUCAUCGGUAUCAUUGUGGCUAAUGUACCGGAGGGGCUGCUGGCCACAGUCACUGUGUGUCUGACUCUGACCGCUAAGCGAAUGGCGCGUAAGAACUGCCUGGUGAAGAACUUGGAGGCCGUGGAAACUCUUGGCUCCACCUCCACCAUCUGCUCGGACAAGACGGGGACACUGACCCAGAACAGGAUGACCGUGGCCCACAUGUGGUUCGACAACCAGAUCCACGAGGCCGACACCACCGAGGACCAGUCUGGCUCCUCCUUCGACAAGAGCUCCGCCACAUGGGGGUCUCUGGCCCGCGUCGCUGCCCUGUGCAACCGUGCUGUGUUCAAGGCCGGUCAGGACACUUUGCCCAUCCUCAAGCGCGACGUGGCCGGAGAUGCUUCGGAGUCUGCCCUGCUGAAAUGCAUUGAGCUGUCGUGUGGCUCAGUGAAGAUCAUGAGGGGCAAGAACAAGAAGGUGGCGGAGAUCCCCUUCAACUCCACCAACAAGUAUCAGCUGUCAAUUCACGACACGGAGGAAGGAGAAAGCGAGAGCAGCUACCUGCUGGUGAUGAAGGGAGCCCCAGAAAGGAUCCUUGACCGCUGCUCCACCAUCAUGGUGCAAGGCAAGGAGCAGGCCAUGGACGAGGAGAUGAAGGAGUCUUUCCAGAACGCCUAUUUGGAGCUGGGAGGACUGGGAGAGAGAGUACUGGGUUUCUGCCACGUGUUCAUGUCCGAGGAAAAGUAUCCCAAAGGUUUCGCCUUCGACACAGAUGACGUCAACUUCGAGACAGACAACCUUUGCUUCGUGGGCCUCAUGUCCAUGAUUGACCCCCCCCGCGCCGCCGUGCCCGACGCUGUGGGCAAAUGUCGCUCCGCCGGCAUCAAGGUCAUUAUGGUGACGGGAGACCACCCAAUCACAGCCAAGGCCAUUGCUAAGGGUGUCGGCAUCAUCUCCGAGGGCAACGAGACGGUGGAAGAUAUCGCUGCUCGCCUCAACAUCCCUGUCAGCCAGGUCAACCCCAGAGAUGCCAAGGCCUGUGUGAUCCACGGCACAGAUCUGAAAGACCUCUCUCAGGACCAGAUGGAUGAUAUCUUGAGGAACCACACAGAGAUCGUCUUUGCCAGAACUUCCCCACAGCAGAAACUCAUCAUUGUAGAGGGCUGCCAGAGACUGGGUGCCAUCGUGGCUGUGACCGGAGACGGUGUGAACGACUCUCCUGCCCUGAAGAAGGCGGACAUCGGGGUUGCCAUGGGAAUCUCUGGCUCAGACGUGUCCAAACAAGCCGCAGACAUGAUCCUUUUGGACGACAACUUUGCCUCCAUCGUCACAGGAGUGGAAGAAGGCCGUCUCAUCUUUGACAACCUGAAGAAGUCCAUCGCCUACACUCUGACCAGCAACAUCCCAGAGAUCACCCCCUUCCUGUUCUUCAUCCUGGUCAACAUCCCUCUGCCUCUGGGCACCAUCACCAUCCUCUGCAUUGACCUGGGAACUGACAUGGUACCGGCCAUCUCUCUGGCCUACGAAGCAGCAGAGAGCGACAUUAUGAAGCGUCAGCCCAGGAACCCACUGAGGGACAAGCUGGUCAACGAGAGACUCAUCAGCAUCGCGUACGGACAGAUCGGAAUGAUCCAAGCUCUCGGAGGAUUCUUCGCCUACUUCGUCAUCAUGGCUGAAAACGGUUUCCUGCCGUCUGUGCUCGUCGGCAUCCGGCUCAACUGGGACGAUCGCUCCACCAACGACCUGGAGGACAGUUACGGACAGCAAUGGACCUAUGAGCAGCGUAAGAUUGUGGAGUUCACUUGCCACACGGCCUUCUUCGUCAGUAUUGUGGUGGUGCAGUGGGCCGACGUCAUCAUCUGCAAGACCAGACGUAACUCUGUGUUCCAGCAGGGCAUGAAGAAUAAGAUUUUGAUCUUCGGCCUGUUUGAGGAAACAGCUUUGGCUGCGUUCCUGUCCUACUGCCCUGGGAUGGACGUGGCGCUGAGGAUGUACCCGCUCAAGCCCAGCUGGUGGUUCUGUGCGUUCCCGUACAGUUUCCUCAUCUUUGUUUACGAUGAGAUCCGAAAACUCAUCCUCCGCCGAAACCCCGGAGGCUGGGUGGAAAAAGAGACGUACUAUUAAAUCAUCAGAGCAUCAUUUACUCCUCACUUCGUCCCCUCCCCCUCCCUCUCUCUCUCCUCCUCCCUUCCUUCCUUCCCUCCAUCCAUCUCUCCUCUCCCCCCCCCACCUCCUGAGAUACUCACUGUACAAGAAAACGAUGUUUACUCCUCCACGUACAUCCUCUGCAUCCUCAUGUCCUUAAGAAACAGAAAAAAACCACCAAACGCCAAGAUGACGAGAGGACCAACGACAGAGGGUGGGGUGGGGGAGGGGGGGGGUAUUGUAAGUCCUCCCUGUCCUCUCUGUCCGUCUGUCCCCCUUUUUAUUUUCUGUUCAGAGUCCAAACAGCAUUAAUCUGCCAGUAACACUGUUUGUGCCGAUGCUUGUUACGACACUGUGGUCGAUGAAGGUGACGACUGAACCGACAGAAGAGAAUCCGACUGAUCCAACUCGCCGAGCACGACACGCCAGCUCCCGGCCACACCCCCGACCGGGGGGGCGGCUUUUUUUAGUAGUUUAUUCUUAUUUAUUUUCUAAAAACAAAAAUUGUCCAGCCAGAGAAUCCUUCAGCUCCAGCUCUCUUACCACUGCCAUGAUCUGCCAUUCGCUGGUUUCACUUCUCUCCUCCUCUAGUUCUACUUACUGACUGCCAAUCUUCUUCUACUGCCAUCCUGCCUCCUGCCUCCUCUUCUUACUCCUCCCUCCUGCCUCCCUCUCUCCUCCCUCCUUCCUCCUGCCUCCUCUUCUUACUCCUCCCUCCUUCCUCCUGCCUCCUCUUCUUACUCCUCCCUCCCUCCCUCCUGCCUCCUCUUCCUACUCCUGCCCCAUCGAUAAAGAAUCUGUCUCAACAGGGCAUGAAAAAGGUCACUUACUCUGACUCCCUCCCUUUCUUCCUCCUCCUUCCUCCUCUCCCUCUUCUUCCUCCUUCCUCCUCCUCUCCCUCCUCUUCCUCCUUCCUCCUCCUCUCCCUCUUCUUCCUCCUUCCUCCUCUCUCUCCCUCUUCUUCC